UUGUUCCUCUGCCCUGGCCUUCGUCAUUCCCUUCCCCGUUCCUUCCUCCAUCCUUUGGGGUCCAGAGAUCUUCUGCUGUUCAUUAUUUCAUUCCUUGGGGUUCCCCUCCACGCCCCCUUUGCCGCCAAUCCUCCUUCUCCCCGUCCUUCCUUGCGCAUCGUCCGAGUGUCACUUCUCCCCGGUGCCCACCUUUUCGUUCCUCUGCCGGAGUGUUCGAGAUGGUCUUGCCCUGCUAGUACGACAUCCCAGAUUAUCGUCGUACUCGAUCCACCCGAAGAGGACCGUUCGAAGAGACAAAAUAACCCAAUGGGCGCCAAGACCGAGAAGCCCCGAUCCUCAAUGGGGAAGAGAAAGCUGCUGCGCUUCGUCUUCGUCGGCUGUCUGGUGACCAGCUUCACAAUUUUCCUAUGGCCUCAAGCUGAACCCCCCCGCGUCACCACUCAAACCGUCUCCAACAUCACCCUUACCUCGGAUGUCGACUGCCAACCGGACUUUGAGGCCCUCCAUCGCCUCGACAUUCAGAAACUUUCCCAGUAUGUGCGACGCGAAGUUGUCGCCGUUCAAUCCCCCACCAAUGUCUUGCCGCUGUCACAACGCCUCCAAGUUCCCUUGUUUCCACCAAAGUCCCAAGUCGAUCAACAUCGCCUGUCCGAAGAGCCACUCCACGAUGAUUGUUUAAUACCACAGCAGGUGUCGGUCCAGGUUCCUCCGCCUCCCAAACGUGCGGAUGCGUCCCACAUUGAUUUCGGUGUCGCUACAACGUUAGAACGACUGAACGACUCGUUGGACGCGUUUUCACACUGGGCCAGCCAUAACAAUGCUCAUAUAUUCGCCCUGAUUGAGCCCGAUGAGAGAGCGCACGAGGUCUUGCUGAAGGCGAAUACGCUUGGAAUCAACCUUUCAAUCGAGGAGUCGAGUGAAGAGUACCAGCGUCGAUACUUUUCGCUGGUGCCUCACCUGGCCAAAAAUAUGCGGCCCGAGACGAGGUGGUCUUGUGUCAUGGAUGAUGAUACCUUUUUCCUAUCGAUGCCGGAGUUACUGAAGGGGCUCAGCGAGUACGAUGAUACGAAGCCAAUGUAUGUCGGUGGGCUGUCAGAAAGCAUACCUCAGGUGGGAGUAUUCGGGUUGAUGGGAUUCGGAGGCGCUGGCGUCUUCCUGACUCGACCUCUAAUUCAAGAAUUGAGCCGGCCUGAGAUUUUCAACGACUGUCAGAGGAUGGAUGUCACUGGCGAUCGUAGGAUCUCUCUCUGCAUCUAUCAGUACACCAGCGUACGCUUAACCAUCGAUCACCGCCUGCACCAGCUCGAUAUGAUGGGCGAUGUGUCUGGCUUCUUCGAGGCGGAACGACCCCCUCCGCUAUCGGUGCAUCACUGGAAGUCGUGGUUCCACGCCGACAUGGCCAAGGCGAGCCUCGUCAGCAAUGUCUGCGGCGAUUCUUGUCUCUUGCGCCAGUGGCACUUUGGGGAUGGGUGGAUCCUGACCAACGGCUUCUCGGUGGUCAAGUACAGCACGGAGAAGAAGCCGGGCGACCGAUCCAUGGAGCUCACGUGGGACAGCCACAACGGAGCCGUCUUUGAGUCGUAUCUGCAUGAGCUCGGCCCUCUCCGGGUCAAGGACGAGGGAAAGAUCAGCUACCUGCAUGAGGACGCCAUCACGGACGAAGACCGAGUCCGUCAAUGGUACGUUCAUCGGGAUCCGGAGAAGGGCGAUCAGGUCCUGGAGGUGAUCUGGCGCUCAGGCUAGACUGCCCGUCGCCGUCGCCAAGAUGGCAACCCCCGCUUCUUAUAUCCACCUCAUCAUCAUCACUCACUACACUCUAUAUUACCCCCUCAUCUACCUUGUCGACUCUGAUUGGGACAGGCCCUGACCUGUCCACAACUAGCCACGUUUAUAAUUUUUACGGCGCAUAGAUCAUGAAACUUGAUUUGUUUAGCUUGGGAUGAUAUCAAACUUGUGCGAUACAGGUACAUAGUCUUGGGUUUUCUUCCAUAUCACUUGUACAUUUACCUUGAGGGCCCGGUUCUGUUCGUUGUAUAGCACAGUUAGACUGAAUGAAAUGUUUUGGUUGUCAUGUCACUAUUCCCAUGAAU